AAAAGAAGCCAAGCUCCCCUGAGCCUGUCCUUGUGCCAUAUUCAAACAGGUACUCAUUGAUGGCCCUCUGCUGAGUGUGCAGCCGUUGCAGCAUUUCCAAUGUUGAGUUCCACCUGGUGGGCAAGCCACAAAUUGUCAAGGUCCUACCUUUCCUCAGGACUUGUGCUGCUCCAUGUGCUGGCAUCCAUCUUAGGUGUCUGCAAAGCAUUGUGGGAUCCUUUAUGCUUUCAGCCUCUGCAGCUCCUCCCCCAGGAGGUGGCGGCUUAUCACAUAUAAGUCUGCUGUUUGUAGCUGUCCAUUGCAUUCGUGUCCUGUCUGUUGCACAGCAGCAAGCUCCUUUUUAGUUCUCAUUGCUCUCCUGGAUACCGACU